GAUUCAACAGAUGUACGCCGGAAAUAGAAAGAUCACGUGGGUUUUCUCCUCAGCGGUUGCCAUGGGUGGCUGGUCUCCAUGUCAACAGUAGUUCAGUAAGACAUCAUCAUGGCAGAAACUGGUGAAAGUAAGAAAGAGGAGACAGACUACAAAAGACUACACAGCUUUCCUCUCAUCAGGCACACAGAUAUGCCUGAGGAGAUGAGAGUAGAGACCAUGGAAUUGUGUGUCACAGCCUGUGAAAAAUUUGCCACCAACAACGAGAGUGCAGCUAAGAUGAUAAAGGAGUCUAUGGAUAAGAAGUUUGGGAGUUCCUGGCAUGUGGUGAUUGGGGAGGGCUUUGGCUUUGAAGUGACUCAUGAAGUGAAGAAUCUACUAUAUAUGUUCUUUGGUGGCAGUCUGGCUGUGUGUGUGUGGAAAUGCUCCUAGCAGUGUUCUCGGGCCAAUUCCUCUCCUCCUCCCUCAUGCACUACCUACUUUUAUAUAUUUAUAUACUUGUAUUCACAGUACUGUCUCAGCUAUGCAGCCCUUUUUCUAUUUGACCUGUGUGUGUGUGUGUACAAAUUUAUGUUCAUGUGAAAUUACGUCGGAUUGUAUGUCUGAGAGAGAAGCUGAUACCUGACAGCAUAGACCCUUUAUAGCUCAUCUUCUCUUCCAACUACUUUUCGUUGGUUUGCGUUGAGCAUAACUUGAUGCUGCAAAGGGGGUCUUUGGGAGGAAGCUGGUGUAGAGCAAAUCUCUGAGCCUUUACCUUUAGCAUUGACACUAAUGACUGCCUCAGAGAAUUAUGAAAUAUUUGUAGACUCGCUCUUAAAAAUGAAGGUGCCAGAUAUCAUUCUUUGGAAUGAUGCCACAGAAGAAACUUUUUAGGCUCCCUAAAGAAACUUUCAGUUGAGAAUUUGAAGAACUACCCAUUAAAAGGUUCUUCAGGAAACCAAACUUGGUUUCUUCAUAAGAGUUCUCCAAAUUAUGCUUUUUGGCACCUUUAUUUUUGAGUUCUGCUGAAUACUAGACGUUAACAAAGACAAACCUUUAUGUGCCCAGUCUCAAUACACAGUGUGCUCAGCACUGAACAAAAGCACAUGUGUGGUUCCAGCUACAACUCCCACAGAACAUUCUGCUGUAGUUAUUUAACUGGUGGUUUAAUGCAUGUGUUCUGUGUAUUGCCAUACAGUGAGGGAGGGAAGAGUGUUGUGUUCUGUUCCCCAUCUCACACAUCUUUAAAAAUGUAUCCACCACUUUCAGUAAUGCCCCUCUUUUUCUCACUCUCAUGCUGUCUCACCCCCCCUUCUUUAGUUUCUUGGCUGACAGCAGAGUCUCUCUCUGUGUGCUGCCAUGCCAUCUGUUUCAAACCAUUUCCUCCCUGCCUCUCUCUCUCUUACUGUUCUUUUCUCUUCAUUGUUAUGGUGGGGGUCCUUUGCGCCCCUCUCUUUGCUUUCUUUAAUAAACCAGCGUUUGUGAAGUGUCCUCUGUGAAAACUUGAAUACAAAUGUAACUUUUUAAUAAAUAUAAAUGAGGUCAAUACA